AUGUGGUUCAGAAAUCCGGUUACAGAAUUUGACUCUCAAAAGGAAGUCACAAUUCCUUGUGACGUCGAUUCGGAAAACGCAGGCAACGAACAGGAUAGGGGAAUCUUUUUUCUGAAAUCAGAUGUUAUAUCACUCGAAUUCUUCGAGUACUUGAACUUGGUCGGGAUUCUGUACCCGAGUAUUCCUCUUGGAUCUCCCUGUGAGAUUGUAACACGAGAGGAGAUUACCAAAAUGCUUGGAAUGCGAGUGCAGAUUAUCGACACAGCUUAUUUUGGUGGGUUUUGUCAGCCGCUUAAGGACUACAGUGAGGUUUAUACAAUGCAAGCAAACUGCUGUGAAAAUAUCGAAAGUAAAGUCCACGAUCUCAAGCUUGUCCUAGAUGAUUGGCGCAGUAUCACAGGUCGUUCAGCAAAUAAUAGUUCGGGGAAAUCGCCUUCAUGGAGAGCCCCAAACAGAUGCAUUCAAUAA